UGGACUGUUCCAUGAUGCGUGGACAAUUUUUAUUGAGAGCAUUUCUCAUAUUUUUUCUCUCUUUCUACAUCGUCAUGGCCUCAAAUACUAUGCGAGCUGUGCUUUACGAACCAGGAGGACCAGAAAAGAUGACAAUUGGUGUUGUUCCUAGACCCAAAACUGGUCCAAAGAUGUUAGUUAUUCGAGUUUUUUACACAGCCUUGAAUAGAGCUGAUACGCUUCAAAGAAAAGGCUCCUACCCACCUCCCCCUGGGGAAUCUGAAAUCCUAGGACUUGAAGUAGCAGGACUAGUAGAAGAGAUUGGAUCAUCUUGUAGUCUAGGCUGGAAGAAAGGAGACAAAGUGAUGGCUCUUGUUCCAGGUGGAGGAUAUGCUGAGUAUGUAUUAGUCCAUGAAACCCACGUGAUGCCGAUACCCACUUCCUACAGCCUCUCAGAAGCCAGUGCAAUACCAGAAGUAUGGCUCACUGCAUAUCAGCUUCUACACUUCAUUGGAAAAAUAAAGCCUGGGGAAAAUGUCUUAAUACACGCUGGUGGAAGUGGUGUUGGUACUUCAUUGGUGCAGCUGACAAAGCUAGCAGGAGCUAAUGCAUACGUGACGGCAGGGAGUGAGGAGAAGAUAAAGACUGCAAUUAGUCUUGGAGCAAAGGCUGGAUUUAAUUAUAAAACAGGAAUAGACUUCUCUCAGUGGAUCCUUGAGCAAACUGAAGGAAGAGGAGUUGAUAUAAUAACAGACUGCGUGGGAGGCUCCUACUGGGAAAAGAAUGCUAAGAGUCUUGCAAAAGACGGGCGAUGGUUGCUGUAUGGCUUGUUAGGUGGUGGCAAUGUUAACGGUAGUAUACUGGCACAGCUAAUGAGAAAGAGAGCAACGUUAACUGGUACUACUCUCAGAAGUAGAUCAACAGAGUACAAAACAGACCUAAUCAAGGGGUUUGCCGAGGAUGUCCUACCAUACUUCGGUAAUGGGAAGCUGAAGCCGAUCAUUGAUACAGUUUAUCCGAUGGAAAAGAUCAGUGAAGCACACAGUAGAAUGGAAAGUAACGUCAAUACUGGGAAAAUACUAAUACAAGUGCAAAAAGAUGCUGAACAAGACAAGACGGAACUUUAAUAUUCAUACAAUGUUCAUACAAUCAUUGAUACAGUUUAUAAAAUAUAACGUGGAAAAGAUAAGUCAAGCACAUAGUAGAAUGGAAAGUAACGUCAACACUGGGAAAAUAUUAAUACAAGUGCACAAUGCUGCUGAACAAGACAAGACGGAGCUCUAAUAUUCAUACUUUGUUUAAAUGUUGUGAUACUGGAGUAGAUUGAACAGAUUUAUAUAGACCUCUUGCAUGUGGCGUCAAAACAGCUCAAUUUGGAGGACAAAACAAAGGAACUUCAAUCUCAUGUUGGCCUCAAUGUAAGGUAAUAUUCUUGCAUUGAGUUCACCAAUCAGGUCUUUAUUGUUUGCAUGAGAAGUGGAAACCUACUGUAAUUUCCUCCAAAUUGAACUGUAUUUCUAUGGAUUUCAAUCAUUCCCAAGUGAGUGAAAUAACAAGACAUGACGGCCAAGUCGGUUAAUAUUUUUAGUUUUUAGUGCACAAGUAGCGAGUUUUCACCACCCAAAUAAACAGCUAUAAGACAGCCUAAAAUGCAUCGGACGACAAAAUGAAACACAUUUUAGACGAUUGUACGUAUCAAACUUGAUCUUGAAACGGUAUUUGAAAAAGCUGAAGAAAAGCAAACUCACAAAAUUUGUGGUUCAAAACUCCCUGCUUCGUCAAGCAAAUUUGAACGGUCGAAGUCAGCCAUUACGCCGCAGGAAGCCCAUACCCAAUCCACGAACUGAGAGUCUGGGAAGCCUGUGCGAGCACAGGUAGCCCAAGCUUGGUUUCUGUGGUGUCGUGUUAUAAGGAAAUGUAUGGGGAUUCAUCAAAAGUUGCAAUAAAAUCAUUGAAACGUGAAAUAAAGCCUCGUUAAGGAUUUUUUCCCUUACUGGUGGGGGAUUGAGUCUGUGCCACGCAAUACCGUGACGUCUAUCUAAAUAGCGAUCAAAGAAUAAUAAAAAAAUAAUUUACUCUAGUUGAAAGAUUUUCCCUUAGACACGUUUUAAAUAUCUAUUUAAAGUAAAUUUAAGUGAAAUAAAGUCACAAAUAUUAAUAAUUCCAUCAUCUUAAGCCUUUGAAGAUUCGUCCUUCUUGCGACACCAACUUGGAACACCAUGAUGGCCGCUCCAUACAUUUUAACCAAAAAUUGAGUCAUGCUUACUCGCCUAUAGUUCCGCAACGAAAUGCUUUACAGCCUCGAAAUUUGGCCAGAAUAUGUAGUUUUGAGCGCUUUACAAGAUAAUGAAAUUUUUAUUUCAUUAUAAUGCGAAUUUACGCUUUUGAAAUUCAUGGUGGCGUAGGUGAAAACCAAGAAUAGUUACUACUACUAAUAAUGAUAAUAUAAAGUUCUUGACAAACGCAUCAUACAACGUCUCGAUGCUUUUUACAACAGGACCAGACGAAUAUCAAGUUUGUGGAAAAAAUUGCAAAAA